UUCAUCGGGCAUCGGCGACCUGACCAAGUCAAUCACCACCGUCCGUCCGCCCCAUCCCUCCCUCCUCACACUCUCCGAAGUCCGGUUUCCGAACCGAGGCGCCGCCGGGCACCUCCCUGCCCCCACCACAAUGGCCUCCUCCCUCGCCGCGCGCCGCCUCCUCUCCCGCGCCGCCGCGGUGCGCCGUAUCCCCGUCCCCUUCGCCUCCGCCCCCGCCUCCGCGAUGGCUCCCCGCCGCUUCUCGGCCGACGCGGGACCGCCUCCGCCGCUCCCGCCGCCGCCGCUGGAGCCCGUCGUCGAGCCGCCCACGUCGGAGGGCGCGGGCACCUCGUCUUCCUCCACCACCGCCGGUGCAGGAGGCGGCGCCCACAGGUCGUCGCCUGGAGCCUCCGCGGGGGCGCGGCGCCAGGGUGGUGCGGGCUACGAGGAGGAACAGGAGAAAGUCCUCCGCGCGUCGCUGCUCCACGUGCCGCGCAUGGGGUGGAGCGAGUCGGCCAUGGUCGCGGGGGCGAGGGACGUUGGCGUUUCUCCUGCCAUCGUGGGUGCAUUCCCAAGGAAGGAGGCCGCCCUUGUCGAGUUUUUCAUGGAUGACUGCCUCCAACAACUGAUCGAUCGAAUUGAUGCUGGAGAAGGAGAGCAGUUGAAGAACUUGAUACUGAGUGAGAGACUCUCAAAACUUGUCCGGAUGAGGCUGGAAAUGCAGGCACCUUAUAUAUCUAAGUGGCCUCAAGCACUGAGUAUCCAGGCUCAACCAGCAAACGUCUCAACAAGCUUGAAGCAGCGAGCUGUCCUGGUCGAUGAGAUAUGGCAUGCUGCUGGAGAUUCUGGAUCAGAUAUUGAUUGGUAUGUGAAACGUACAGUGCUUGGUGGUAUCUACUCAACCUCAGAGGUGUAUAUGUUGACAGACAAUUCUCCAGAGUUCCGCGAUACUUGGACGUUUGUGAACCGCAGAAUAAAGGAUGCUCUUGAUCUUCAGAAAACAUUCCAAGAGGCCGCAUACCUGGCUGAAGCCGUGGGAGCAGGCAUGGGCGGCACCGUGCAGGGUGUUCUCAACAGGGUCUUCCAGAAACGUAGUGGAUGAAGUUUUUCUUUCCCAAACACGUAGUGGAUGAAGCACAUUUUCCCGUUCACCAACUGGCGUAUGUCUAUAAUAAAGCAAAUGGUGAUGUGGUUGAGAUGCAUCACGUUAGGGUAGAAAGUGAAGAUGUGUUUGCUGGUGGUGAUGUUUAGCUGCAGGUUUUUCAAAUGAGUGCUCAGAUCGCGCAGGCUCAGUCCACAUGCAUGUCUGGCGCUGGUGAGCGACAUCAACGCUAAACACAACAUUUUAAGUGAAAUUUUAUUUUAUAACGCUUGCCCUCUCGCAACACCCUGUAAGUGAAAUCUUACAUCCGUGUUUGUGAGUUUCGGAUAUGUGUUGUUGCACCAAGUAAUAUAUCAUCAUGAUUGCAUCA